AUGGCGACGCUGUUGUCGCUCUUGUGGCUCAUAUCCUCGUUCCUCCCUUAUCCAGCAUCGGCAACGAUCACGGUAAAGCACGGAGUAGUGGGUUAUGGUAUCAACAUGUACAAACCUGUGUGCUGUUACGCAUGCCAUGAUGCCCUGUCAUCGCUGUAUCUCAACUGCACCACAUUCAUGCCGAUGGAAGUCGACGGUGCCAACAGUAUGGCCAUGGACAUGAAGGUGAAGUCAAGAUUCAAGCUCCGCAAACGCAUGGACAUGGGUGGGGGCGACGAUAUGGCCAUGACGAGCGACGAAUGCCGUGCUUCGGACACGGCAUGGCUGCAGACCUUAGCCUACUGUGUGCACGAUCGGUGCACUCAAGAUGGGGUCUCCGAACGUCUGCAGAACCGGUGUUUUGGAGAGCAAGCGGCUGGAGGCCUGCCAGUGCCGAACUUGCAUGACGCUCUUCCGUUGGAACAGCCAUCUGUCGAAGUGGCAGACGACGCGGUCUGGCUGAACGUGACAAGUCUCGUCAACGACGACCUAUGGGAGAGAACAUAUGAUACUUUGUCGAAGUUUGAGUAUUCGGAGGAUAUGCAUACAAAAUAUUCGUAA